AUGCAUCUUUUCAGUGCUUUUCUACUGGUCAUUUGCGCUGUUUUCACAGUUCAAGCUUGUAGCUCAAACGGNCAGCCGGGACCACCAGGAGAGAAUGGGCCGGAUGGAGAAAAAGGAGACCAAGGACCACAAGGAGAUCCAGGACCUCAAGGGCGGCGGGGAUCAACUGGACCAAGAGGACCUAACGGACCAAAAGGAAACCCUGGGCACCAAGGACCGGAGGGACUAGAGGGUGAAAAAGGAGA